AUGGCGCAGAUUUUGUUGCACGGAUCGCUACAUGUCACGAUUUUUGAGGCAGAGUCAUUGUCGAACCCUCACAGAGCUUCUGGAGGUGCUCCACAUUUCCUCCGGAAGCUUGUUGAAGGAAUUGAAGAUACCGUGGGUCUUGGCAAAGGUGCCACCAAACUUUAUGCCACAAUUGAUCUAGAAAAGGCCCGAGUUGGCAGGACAAGGAUGCUUUCAGACGAACCUAGUAAUCCCCGUUGGUAUGAGUCCUUUCACAUAUAUUGUGCCCACAUGGCAUCGAAUGUCAUCUUCACUUUAAAACUUGAUAAUCCUAUUGGGGCAUCCAUCAUCGGAAGAGCCUAUUUGCCUGUCACUGAAAUUCUUAAUGGUGAGGAGGUGAAAAGAUGGCUUGAGAUAUGUGAUGAACACCGGAAUCCACUUGGAGAUGCUAAAAUCCAUGUGAAAUUACUGUACUUUGAUAUUUCUAAAGACCGCAACUGGGCAAGGGGGAUUCGAAGUGCAAAAUAUCCUGGUGUCCCCUACACAUUUUUCUCUCAGAGACAAGGUUGCAAGGUUACACUUUACCAAGAUGCACAUGUCCCUGACAAGUUCAUUCCUCGAAUCUCUCUUGCUGAUGGGAAAAACUAUGAGCCUCAUAGAUGUUGGGAGGACAUUUUCGAUGCAAUUAGCAAUGCACAACAUAUCAUAUACAUCACUGGGUGGUCUGUGUAUACAGAGAUAAAAUUGGUGAGAGACUCCAAGAGACAGAAACCAGGUGGAGAUGUUACACUCGGAGAGCUCCUGAAGAAGAAGGCUAGUGAAGGAGUUCGAGUCCUCAUGCUAGUUUGGGAUGAUAGGACCUCAGUAGGAAUACUGAAGAAAGAUGGUCUUAUGGCUACCCAUGAUGAGGAAACUGAGCAGUAUUUUCAGAACACAGAUGUUCAUUGUGUUUUGUGCCCCCGAAAUCCUGAUGAUGGUGGAAGCUUUGUUGAAGACCUGCAAAUUUCCACAAUGUUCACUCAUCAUCAGAAGAUUGUUGUGGUUGACCACGAGAUGCCCAACAAGAAUUCUCAGCGACGGAGAAUCAUGAGCUUUGUAGGGGGGAUAGACCUUUGUGAUGGGAGAUAUGACACACAAUUUCAUUCUCUGUUCGGGACGUUAGACUCAGUUCAUCAUGAUGACUUCCAUCAGCCAAAUUUUGGAGAGGCUUCAAUUACGAAAGGUGGACCAAGAGAGCCUUGGCAUGAUAUCCAUUCACGGCUUGAAGGGCCUAUUGCUUGGGAUGUUUUGUUCAAUUUUGAGCAGAGAUGGAGAAAACAGGGAGGAAAAGAUGUUCUUGUACAGCUCCGAGAUCUCUCUGACAUCAUCAUUCCACCUUCUCCUGUCACGUUCCCAGAGGACAAAGAGACAUGGAAUGUUCAACUUUUCCGAUCUAUUGAUGAAGGUGCUGCUUUUGGCUUCCCUGAAACACCAGAGGAUGCUGCAAGAGCUGGGCUUGUCAGUGGAAAGGAUAACACCAUCGAUAGAAGCAUUCAAGAUGCUUACAUAAAUGCCAUCCGUAGAGCAAAGAACUUUAUCUAUAUUGAAAACCAGUACUUCCUUGGUAGUUCUUAUGCAUGGAAAGCUGAUGGCAUCAAGCCUGAGGAAAUUGGUGCUUUGCAUCUAAUUCCUAAAGAGUUAUCGUUGAAGAUUGUUAGUAAGAUCGAGGCCAGGGAGCGCUUUACUGUCUAUGUUGUUGUUCCGAUGUGGCCAGAAGGUGUACCAGAAAGUGGAUCAGUUCAAGCAAUCUUAGAUUGGCAACGCAGGACAAUGGAGAUGAUGUACACUGAUAUUGUGAUAGCUCUCCAAGCAAAAGGCCUUGAGGCUAAUCCAAAGGACUAUCUAACUUUCUUUUGCUUAGGGAAUCGAGAGGUAAAGAAGAGCGGGGAAUAUGAACCUGCGGAGCAGCCACCUCCAGACACUGACUACAGCAGCGCUCAGGAGGCUAGACGUUUCAUGAUCUAUGUUCAUACAAAAAUGAUGAUCGUUGAUGACGAGUACAUUAUAAUCGGGUCAGCCAACAUCAACCAGCGUUCAAUGGAUGGAGGCAAGGACUCUGAGAUUGCUAUGGGAGGAUACCAGCCACACUACCUGUCAACCCGGGAACCAGCAAAAGGACAGAUUCAUGGUUUCAGAAUGGCCCUUUGGUAUGAGCACCUGGGAAUGCUUGAUCAAGUCUUCCAGCAUCCCGAGAGUUCCGAGUGCGUACAGAAGGUCAACCGGAUAGCAGACAAGUACUGGGAUAUGUAUUCAAGUGAUAAUCUUGACAGUGAUCUUCCGGGCCACCUUCUUAGUUAUCCCAUAGGAGUCUCAACAGAAGGCACUGUCACAGAGUUGCCUGGAAUGGAGUUCUUCCCCGACACCAAGGCCCGAGUCCUCGGGACCAAAUCUGAUUAUCUUCCGCCCAUCCUCACAACAUAACACGUUUGAAAACAUUGCUGCUCCAUUCUUUUUCUGAAUAAGAGUUACAUUAAUUUUAGAUCAGAGAAUAAAUCAUUAUAGCUUGGUAACUAGGACAUGUUUUAACCAAACAAUACUG